AUGAAUCCAGAAAAGCUAGCAAAACUCCAAUCUCAAGUUCGUAUUGGCGGUAAAGGAACUCCUCGCCGUAAGGUCAAAAAGGUUUACAAGACUGCUAAUGAUGAUAAAAAGCUUCAGUCCACGCUUAAAAAACUCAGUGUUCAAAAUAUUCCUAAUAUCGAAGAAGUGAAUAUGUUUAGGGAAGAUGGCAUGCAAGCAUCUGUUCAUGCAAACACCUUUGCCAUCUACGGUACAGGCGAAGAGAAAGAACUCACUGAACUUGUACCGGGUAUUUUAAAUCAAUUGGGUCCAGACUCGCUUGCAUCCCUUCGUAAGCUGGCGGAAUCUUAUCAGCAAUUUAGUGCUGGAUCUCAAGGGGUAUCAACUGAGACAGGAGAGGACGAUGAUAUUCCAGAACUGGUCGAGAAUUUUGAGGCCACAAGCGAAAAGAAGGAUGAGGAAGAGGCCACAGCAUCUUCGUCAGAAGCAAAAAUUACGGAUAUGGUUGACUAA